AAAAUUGAGAAUCCAUUUAGUUAUGCUCAUUAGUGAAUAAGCCAGUUGACUGUUAAAACAAGCCAACGCCGGAGAUGACGACGACACCGAUGAUGCCGCCGAUGGGGGAUGCAAACUUUGACGGCGGAGCACCGGCCUUACCGCCGCAACCCGGGACUGACAUGACGGGAAUAUGCUUCAGGGACCAGUUAUGGCUGAAUACGUAUCCACUGGACCGAAACCUAGUAUUUGACUAUUUUGCUCUCUCUCCAUUCUACGACUGGACUUGCAACAAUGAGCAACUACGAUCACGAUCAAUUCAUCCACUCGAUAUUUCUCAGCUCUCGAAAAUGACAGGCAGUGAAUAUAUGCUGAGUGAAGUUAUGGAGCCUCAUCUCUUUGUCAUCCGUAAGCAAAAGAGGGAUGGCCCCGAGAAGGUCACACCGAUGCUGACUUAUUACAUCUUGGAUGGUUCAAUAUACCAAGCACCACAGCUCUGCAAUGUGUUUGCAGGUCGACUGGGACGUGGUUUAUAUCAUAUAUCAAAAGCUUUCAGUUUUGCAUCUUCAAAGUUGGAAAAGACUGGAUAUGUGGCUUCUGAAAAUGAGAGGUCAGCAUCUGAAUCUAAGGCUGCUAAGGAGACCAUUGACUUCAAGGAACUUAAGCGAGUUGAUCAUAUUCUUGCUUCCCUACAACGCAAGCUACCACCAGUACCUCCGCCCCCACCUUUUCCGGAAGGUUAUGUGCCACCUUCCACAGCAGAGGCCUCUGAAAACCAGCAAGCAGAAACCCAGUUGCCUCCAGUUGAUCCCAUUAUCGAUCAAGGCCCGUCUAAGAGAAUGAAAGUAUGACAGAACGACUGUCUAAGCACUUGGUGGCUGAAAAAAGUUAACGAUUCCUGAGAUGGUCCAGAGUGAUCCUUUCAGAAGAUUUCUGUAAAUUAUGUAGUGUAAAAUCU